AUGUUUUAUGUGGUGAUUGAGGUGGACAACUUGCAUUCCGAAGAAGCGCCGAAAGACCAUGCGAAAAUCGUAAAGUUUUCAUAUCAAUUCGUGAACGCAGAAACCUUGGAAACGGUGUUAGAAGAGAACAAGCAUGUGACGCUUGAGAAUGAAAUCAAGCUACAGGAGGCGGUGAGUCGGUUAGAUGAAGACAUUACGAAAUCUAUUGGCAACGAAGAUUUUGUCAUUUGUUCGUUAAACUCGACUUGGCACUUCCGUGUCACAAUUCCAAGGCAGGCGCGGGACGAAGUUUUCAUCCUACCGCCGCAUUUACAGCAUCCAAAGGUAUUUGACCUGUGGAAGGAGUACGAUAGAUGGUGCGUGAAUCACCCAGAGACGUUGGCUCUGCGUACGGGCAGUGUUGUGGCCAACAAGAGAACUAAAGAUAUUGGUGAAUUGAGAAGAGUUUUGGAGCUGGACCAACGUGAGUCUGACGCCGAAGCGGAAACGGUCGCGGAGGCGGAGCCGACUACUUCAGAUGUUUAUUCUGCCAAAUCGAUUGACCAAUUGUCCCAAACUUUGGAAACUUUACUGCAAUUGCACAAGAAGUGCGUCACUGCUGAGGAUAAAGCCAUGGUUUUGACCCAUCCUUACGAUUCGCAUCUGGAUGUGCGCAAUUUUUUGCAAGAGCGCUCGAAAGUACUUUACAUGAACAACCUACCUCCAGAUACUACCCAGAGCGAACUCGAGUCCUGGUUCACGCAAUUUGGCGCGCGGCCUAUUGGGUUUUGGACCGUCAAAAACAUUGUUGAAGAAACUUCCAACGUUAAUAACAAUUGGUCCAGCAACAAUAGCACGUAUGUCGAGGCGCAAGACAGCAUUUCAGGGUUUGUCGUUUUCCAGUGUCAUGAAGACGCAACAGAGGCCUUGGCUCUCAACGGACGGUCAAUUCUUUCGAAUAUUGCCAACACAAAGCAGCCUCGCGUGAUUGAGCACAUCGUAGAGAUUCAACCUUCCAGCGCUCGCGUCCUUGAUCGUGCCCAGGAAAUUUUGUCACCGUUUCCACAAAGCAAGAACAAACCCCGGCCUGGAGAUUGGAGUUGCCCAUCCUGCGGAUUUUCCAACUUUCAACGACGUACUGCUUGUUUCCGGUGUUCUUUCCCUGCUACCAGCGCUUUGGCUAAUAACAAAAAUGCAUACAUGAAAACAACCAAUCCUGCUCAAUCGCAAAUGCAGCACACAGCAAACGCAUACAAGACAAGACCAGGGACGCCUGCUCAACAAUUACCACAAUUUCAGCAUGCCCAGUUCCAGCAACAGCAACAUCGCAUGCGGUUCACUCAGGGACAACGUUACCCUCAAAAUCCACAGCAACAAAAUGGAUCGAACGUCCCAUUCAGAGCAGGUGACUGGAAAUGUCCAAACUGUACUUAUCAUAAUUUCGCGAAAAACAUCGUAUGUUUGCGCUGCGGAGGGCCAAAGAGCGGCGAUACUCGGAACAAGGAUACGAAUACCGGUAAUUCUCUUGGUGAUAUUCAGGGAAUGGGGAGUGAAUUGGGAGUUUCUUUGGGACCAAAUAAUUUUUCAGAAUCUGAGUGGUAA